AUGGCAGAAUGCUGUGCUACAUUUGACCUUGGGGCAACUUGGAUUCACGGUGCUCAUGGGAACCCGAUUUACCAGCUAGCAGAAGACCAUGGUCUGCUUGAAGAAACUACAGAUAGGGAGCGAAGCAUUGGCCGCAUCAGUCUCUACUCCAGGAAUGGAGUGGCACACUACUGCACCAGCAGUGGACAGAGAAUACCUAAGGAUGUCGUUGAGGAAUUCAGCGAUGUAUACAACGAGGUCUACAACCUGACUCAGGAGUUCUUCCAACGGGGAAGGCCAGUUGGUGAAGAAAGCCAAAACAGUGUUGGUGUUUUCACGAGGAGUGGGGUGCGAAAGCGCCUCAAAGCUGAUACCGAGGACAUGGGUAUCACCAAGGAGCUGAAGUUGGCCAUGCUUCAGCAAUUCUUGAAGGUUGAAAGCUGUGAGAGCAGUUGUCACAGCAUGGAUGAAGUAUCCCUGAGUGAGUUUGGUGAGUGGACAGAAAUCCCUGGAGCCCACCAUGUCAUCCCGAGUGGCUUUAUUAACAUAGUGGAGAUCCUGGCGCAGGAGAUCCCCAAAUCAGUGAUCCAGCUGAACAAGCCGGUCAAGUACAUUCACUGGAACCGCUCGGUCAGCAAGGAAAUCCAGUUGAUCAGCAGCUCGUUCCCGAGCCACAACCUUGACAGCCAGGAGGAAGACGGCUAUCAGGUCUACGUGGAGUGUGAAGAUUGCGAGCUGAUCCCAGCCGAUCAUGUAAUCGUGACCAUGUCCUUGGGAGUGCUAAAGAAGUACCAUGAGACCAUGUUCCACCCGCGUCUCCCUGAAGAGAAGGUCUCGGCCAUCCAGAUGCUGGGCAUUAGCACCACGGACAAGAUCUUCCUGGAAUUCGAGGAGCCCUUCUGGAGUCCCGAGUGCAACAGCAUCCAGUUUGUUUGGGAGGAUGACGCGGAAAAUGAGAGCCUUGCCUACCCAGAGGACCUGUGGUACAAGAAGAUCUGCAGUUUUGAUGUGCUGUACCCGGCCGAGCGGUACGGGCAUGUGUUGAGCGGCUGGAUCUGCGGAGAAGAAGCCCUCAUCAUGGAGAGAUACGAUGAUGAAAUGGUGGCGGAAACCUGCACGGAGUUACUGCGAAAGUUUACAGGGAACCCACACAUUCCGAAACCCCGGAGGAUCCUGCGGUCUGGUUGGGGCAGUAACCCUUACAUCCGCGGGUCUUACUCCUACACACGCGUCGGCUCGAGUGGAGCAGAUGUCGAGAAACUCGCAAAGCCCCUGCCUUAUCCAAAAAGCACAAAAGCGGCUCCAAUGCAGAUUUUAUUUGCUGGGGAGGCCACUCACAGAAAGUACUACUCAACGACACAUGGUGCUCUGCUUUCUGGGGAGCGAGAAGCUGCACGUCUCAUAGAAAUGUAUCAAGACCUCUACCAAGGCAAGGGCACAAAGUUCGAAAACUAACAAAUCACUUACUAUUGAGACCUUGUACGGACUGGACUAAAAAUGUGUUCAAUGUACUAUUUCUUAAAAUGCAACAUUAUAAUCUUGGUUAAUAAGGGGUAUGUUUGAAUCAUUUUAAAGUGGGUUUGUCUAUUUCUAACACAUUCUGCUAAAGCUUCGACCAUGCAAAUGUUUACACUCCAGUACUGUUUUAAUUUCUAAAUUAAUGUAUUUCUAACCUCAUUUUGAUUUUCUGCAUCAUAAGUGCCUCCUUGUGUUGUUGUUGGUAUAAUAAAAUGAUGGGUGUAACAGGGCAGCAGAGGGUGUUAGGGAACUUAUCUCUGGAGCUGAGAUGGUGAGAAAGGCCCCAGGUUGCAGCUAUCUGAAGGUGUUCUGAAAAUUGCUGAUGUGUGUUUCUCUGCCUCUUGCUAUUAGAUACUACAGUCAUUAAAUAAGGCACCAUCUUUUAUCAGUGGUUCAAGGAUAGUAUGUUUGCUUCUGGUUUGGAUGAUUGUGAGUUCAAGCCCCACUCUACGAGCUAACACAUCACAGUUCAGUCUGAUACUCUUGCAUAGUGCUAAAUAUUAUUGAAGGUUUCACCUUUUUGGAUAAGAUGAGUUGCAAGCAGCUAUGAAAGGUCCCAUGUCAUUUCAUUGAGAAACAGGAAACUAGGGAAUUAUAGACAUACUCACAUUGGCAGGUUGUUACAUGUAUCUCUCAUGGAUAUGUACUGGGGCCUUUUAGUAUAUUUAUACAUGACUUGGAUGAAGGAAUAGACAGCAGUAUAUGCAAGUUUGUUGAUGAUACCAAGUUAGAUGGCCCAGUAAAUAAAAUACGUGGAAGCAGAAAAUUGUAUAGGGGCAUUGAUAGAUUAAAUGAAUGGCCAAAACAAGUACAUUUUAAUCUAAGAAGUGAAGAUCACUCAGCUGGUACUUAGGGAAGAUAACUCAGUGUAUUUUCUAGUGAGAAGCCAACAGCUGUGGAACACAAAUUUAAAGUUAUGUGUACAAAACCACUAAGAACUAAUGGACAUUGAGAAAACUUAACUUCAAAAAUAAGUGAACAUUUAGCUUUAUCCCAAGGAAACGAAUGUUGUAUGACACUUAUAAAAAAACACUAGUUAGACCCUGUUAAAAGUACAGCAUUAAUCCUGAAUACCUCACUUGGGAAGUGUUAGCAGAACUGCAGCGUAGAUUCACCAGAAUGACAUUUCACUGUAAUAGUAAACAUUUGGAGAGAGGGUGCUGUAGGCUAGGCUUUUAUUCUCUCAAGUAUAGAAGUGUAAAGGCUAAUGUUUAAUAUGAUUAUUGGGGCGGAUAAAGAAAAUGAUUUCCUCUGAUAGUGGAGUCCAGAACCAGGGCAAAAUCCUAAAGCAGAGCUAGACUUCUCAAGGACUUUCAGGAAGAUCUUCUUCAUAUUAAAGCUGUGAAGAUCUAGAACUGUCCUUUUAAGAGCUAUUGAGUCUAAUCCAAUUGAAAAUCAAUUUAAAAUCGAUUAAGAUUUUUUUAGGUAAAACUAUAAAAGAAUAGGAAAUCAAGAUAGUGUUACAGAUAAUUUGAGACACACAAAAAAAAUUGCAAUAGCUGUAAGGUAUGCUGGGGUGCCUUGAAGUCAUGAAAGGGAAUCUAUAAAUGCAAGUUCUUUCUCUCUCUCCCUGAACCACUGCUGCCCUAUAACCUUUGGCUAUAAAUAUCUUAAUUGGUAUGGGGGCAGGGAGAAGAUUGAUGCACACCAACAGCAUAAUCUGGGCUGGCAGUAUAUUGCAACAUUGCUAAUUUCUUUCUCCAUUGUACGUGGCCUGGAGCUGGCUGCCAAAUCACUGUUGUCUGUUUUGUGCCAUGGAGAGAUCAGUUCCACCCCCUGCAUUGUCUUGGACAAGGCUGUCGGAAGCUCUGUAGUCUAUCAAUGAAUAUCAGGGAAGAGAUUCAAUUACAUGUUUUCUCAUACAUUCAAAAGAUUGCAAUUUUCUUCCUUCAGAUUGUCCCAACUCAUGAAAUCAUUGACUACCUUUAACAGACAUAACCACAUGAUUAUGUACAUACAUGUUGCGUAUUGCUGGCACUCCCUCUAUCACCCAUUGUAACUGUUGAAAUAAACAUUGAUGUAAUGUGGAAAGAAAUUGAACGUGGCACUAUCAAUAUCUUAAAACUUUUAUGUUUACUUAAUUUAAUGACUGGCUACAAUCCAGUGUUACUGUGACCUGCUUGUCUUUCUUUUAAUUUGAUAAUAUCAUACUUUGCCUAAUUACUACAGUUUUGUUGCCAUGCGUUUAUGUUGCAAUUAUAUUUUUCUUUUAUAUGGAGAGAAUGUGGUAAACAAAUGUGCUUAAGGAUUGCUUAAAGAUGCAGAUCAGCCAUGGCAUUGGACAGGCCAAUGGCAAAAGUAAUUACAAUUUUUAAGAAAUGUUAAAUAUUGCACACAAGUCCAAAUAAUAUGAGGUCCAACUAUUCGAUAAAUAAAACUGAAUUAACACA